CUGCACCCCUCCUCCUCCUGUGCUACGUGGUCCUGAGAGGAGUCCCUGUCAGAGGAGAUCAGGACUGAGGAACAUCCAUCUGACCCCCGAGUACUCCAUGUAUCCGAGGACCAGGAAUGAUCUAGGAACCUUGUGGGACAUCGCAGACCCUCAGGAUCAGCUGUAAGUUCUUCACUGAUGGUUGAGGGGUCUCCAAGAACCUGGGAGUGGUAACUCUUCUCAUUGCGAUUUGUCUCCAUCAUGAUCCGGGGACUGGGCUGCACGCUGCUCCUCGUCUUCAUCGUCUCUGUAACCGCUCAGUAUGAACAUUACAGCUUCAGGAGUUACCCCCGGGAUGAGCUGAUGCCCUUAGAGAGUGCCUACAAGUAUGGCCUGGACCAGUACAGCAAUGAGAACUGGCCGGAGACCGUCAACUACUUGGAGAUAAGUCUCCGGUUAUACCGGCUCCUGAGGGACAGCGAGGCCUUCUGUAACCUGAACUGCAGCACCGCACAGCUGAACACGGGCCCUCGGGCGGACAAUCAGACGGAGCCCCUGGGCCGUUUCACUGACUUUGCUGAACUGAAGGUCUUUGGAGAUGUUCUCAUGAGGGCACAAUGCCUCAAAAGAUGCAAACAAGGUCUCCCUGCGUUUCGACAGUCACAGCCGAGCCGGGAGACCAUGGAAGAGUUUAAUUCCCGGGAGCCAUAUAAGUUUUUACAGUAUGCCUACUUCAAGAUGAACAAUUUACCCAAAGCCAUUGCUGCCGCCCACACCUUUCUCCUGCUGCACCCUGAUGACGAGAUGAUGAAGAGGAAUAUGGCGUACUACAAGAGCAUGCCAGACACCGAGGCCCACAUCCAAGAUCUGGAAACCAAGACCUACGAGAGUCUGUUCAUCCGAGCCGUGAGGGCCUACAACGGGGAGAACUGGAGAACCUCCAUCUCGGAUAUGGAGAUGGCCCUACCGGACUUCUUCAAGACAUUCCAAGAAUGCAUCGCAGCCUGCGAAGGCUCCCGGGAGGUCAAAGAAUUCAAAGACUUUUAUCAGUCGGUGGCCGACCACUACAUUGAGGUCCUCCAGUGUAAGCUGAGCUGUGAGAACACCCUCACGCCAGUCAUCGGGGGCUACGUGGUGAACAAGUUCGUGGCCACCAUGUACCAUUACCUGCAGUUCGCUUACUACAAACUCAAUGACGUCCGGAACGCGGCGCCCUGCGUGGCCAGCUACCUGCUCUUUGACCCAGAUGAUGACGUCAUGAAACAGAACAUGGUUUACUACCAGUACCACAUGGAGAAGUGGGGACUGUCCGAGGAGAACUUCAAGCCAAGGCCCGAGGCCGCUCUCUACUUCAACAUCACCAGCAAGCAGAAGGAGCUCUACGAGUUUGCCCUGCAGAACAUUGUCGAUGACGAUGAAGGUGACGUGGUGGAAUAUCUCGAUGAACUUCUCUUUUGAGUUUUGCCUUUUUGGACUUUUUGUAACAUCUUUCGGGUGUAUUAGGUUUGAUGCGGUGCUGUCAUGGGAAUAAAACGCCAUAAAACUUA